GGAGUGACAGCAAAGGAAAGGCGGAGAGCAGGAGAAAGAAGCGUCUGCGCUGGCAAGCUCUCCCGGCAGCGCCGAGAGCCAGAGCUGCGGUGCUGCUGCGCCGAUGCUCCGUACGUUCGCAGUAACGGGUAGAGCGGAAGGCUCCGUGGCCGGGAAGAGCGGCACGGACGCGUUCCUGCUCGCUCCGUUGCACCGGAAUUUCGACGGCUGGGUUCGGCCGCUAAAUUGAUGGCGCUACCGGAAGAAAUUUCAGAAAAAUAUGAGAAAAGCUCUGUCCAGAGAUACGGAGACGAAAUCAGUUGUACCUCAUCCCGUGACACCGGAAGACAUUGAGUAAGUGUAAGCUGUGAUGCUCAGUGAAAUUACUAAGAGCGUUAAGUUUCCCGUGCCUUUGCUUUCACUCUCCCAUUCUCUUGUCUUGCGGCACGUCGCAUUUUUUGAGGCCGUGGAAGCGACAUCGGGAGCGAUGGGGUGUCAGAACCAGGUCCUCCUGCCUGUCGCUGGUUUUGCUUACCUUCGCCGUCUCUGUGUACCAGUCUGCGUGUCUCUCUCUGUUCCUCAAUCCCUGUCCUCUCUUCUCUGUUCUGCUUUGUUUCGCUGCGUAUGUCCCGUUCCCUGUCCCACCUUUAUCCUUCCUUCCUUCUUCCUCGCCUUUUUCUCUGUCCUUUUGUCCUGCUCCCCGACCCUGUUUCUCGCUCCAUCUGACCGUCCUUUUCCUGGCACCUUUGUGUCUCUGCUCCUUGCCCCCGUCUUUCUCUCCCCUCUGCCCAGUCCUCGUCUCCCUCUUUUGUCUCUCUGCCCCUCUGUCCUGCUCCCUGCCCCUCUUUUUCUCACUCUGCCCCAGCGUCCCGCUCCCCGGUCCUCUUUCCCUCUGUUGCGCUCUCCUUCUCCCUGCUCCCCAGCCCGCUUCUCUCACGCUCCCGCUUCCUUUUUUUAUUCUCUGUUGCUCUGUCCUGCUCCCCGUGCCGCUGUCCCUCGCCGUACCUCUCGGUCCGGCUCCCUGCCCUUAUUCUCUUUUCCUCCCUCGCCGUGGCGCUGCCCGCCCAGGGUCGUUUCUGCCUCUCUGUCCCGCUCCCCGUCCUUGUUUGUCGGUCGCCGUCCCGCUGCCUCUCUUCCUGCCGCUUCUUCCUCCCUCUCUGUCAGGCUCCCCGUCCCCGUCCUUCACUCGCCGUCCCUUUCCUUGCCUCGUGCUUUCUCGCUCGCCGCCGCCGCCCCCCCCCCCCCCGAUCCAGCUGGCUGCCCCUUUUCUCCUCUCAUCUAGCGUCCUGCAGCUGGCUCCUCGGUUUUGGCGGCAGCCUGCACAUAGCAGCCCAGCUCUCCAGCAGCCUGACGGACCGACCGUGUGUCUGUUCCACGCCGGACUGGCGAGCGUGGCUCUGGGUAGGACAGCCGAGGUGCCCCAGGGCCGGGCCCCGAGCCCCGGUGCGGAGUCUCUCCCGGGACCGGCUCUGUGUGUGACUGAAUAAACGCUUGCGGUCUCUUUUGCCGUGCC